AUGAUGGAACCACCACCAUGUUCGAAGAAGAGCCUGUCCCUGUCGCUCCCGGUUCCCCGGGAAGGACAGGCGACUCUGAAACCUCCGCAGCAUCUUUGGAGGCAACCCCGGACCCCGAUCAAAAUCAAACACCGGGGGUACUCCGACACGGACCGGCAUCACCACCGGCACAUGGAGCGCUCCGACGCCGUGGAUACGAGCGACAGACCGGGACUGAAAAAGUCUCGGAUGUCCUGGCCAUCCUCUUUCCACGGGACCACAAACACAUCCAUCGGAAAUUGUGUCGGGAACAAACGCUUUGAUUCAGAGAAUGGUCCCUCGCCAGGCCGCAGUCCCAUGGAUUCGCAGGCGAGUCCUGGGUUGGUGCUCCACCCCUCUUUUCCCCAGAGCCAGCGCAGGGAAUCCUUCCUGUACCGCUCAGACUCAGACUACGACACGUCCCCCAAAACCAUGUCACGCAACUCCUCCAUCAACAGUGAGGGGCAUACAGAAGACAUGAUCGUCACCCCUUUCGCUCAGGUGUUGGCCAGCCUACGAACUGUAAGAAGCAACUUCACCAUCCUCGCCAAUGUCACAACACCCACUAACAAGAGGUCACCAGUGACAAGCCAACCCACUGUUCCCCAAGCUACACUCUCUGAAGAGACAUACCAGCAGAUGGCUCGGGAAACUCUGGAGGAGCUGGACUGGUGUCUGGACCAGCUGGAAACCAUUCAGACCCACCGCUCAGUCAGCGAGAUGGCCUCCAAUAAGUUUAAAAGGAUGUUGAACAGGGAGCUGUCCCAUUUGUCAGAGAUGAGUCGCUCAGGGAACCAAGUGUCAGAAUACAUCUCCACUACCUUUCUAGAUAAGCAGAACGAGGUGGAGAUCCCGUCCCCCACCAUAAGGGAGAGGGAGAAGCCCAUGUGUCACAUCAGUGGUGUGAAGAAGCUCACGCACAGCUCCAGCCUUUCCAACUCCGCCCUGCCUCGCUUCGGAGUGAAGACUGAACACGAGGAUGCAUUAGCCAGGGAGCUGAACGACUUGAACAAGUGGGGCCUUAAUAUCUUUCGUGUGGCAGAGUUCUCUAAUAAUCGACCCCUCAGCUGCAUAAUGUAUGCCAUCUUCCAGGAAAGAGAUCUACUGAAGACCUUUCGGAUCCCUGUGGAUACGUUUGUCACCUAUGUGAUGACCCUGGAGGACCACUAUCAUGCCAAUGUGGCCUACCAUAACAGCCUCCACGCUGCUGAUGUCACUCAGUCUACUCAUGUACUGCUGUCCACACCAGCUUUAGAUGCUGUAUUCACUGAUCUAGAGAUACUAGCUGCAUUAUUUGCUGCCGCCAUCCAUGAUGUGGACCAUCCAGGAGUGUCAAACCAAUUCCUCAUAAACACCAACUCAGAGUUAGCCCUGAUGUAUAAUGAUGAGUCUGUGCUGGAGAACCAUCACUUGGCUGUGGGUUUUAAGCUGCUUCAUGAGGACAACUGUGACAUCUUCCAGAACCUUACCAAGAGGCAAAGACAGAGCCUUAGGAAACUUGUUAUUGACAUGGUUUUGGCAACAGACAUGUCUAAACACAUGAGUUUGCUGGCAGACCUCAAAACUAUGGUGGAAACUAAAAAAGUGACAAGUUCUGGAGUGCUGAUGCUUGACCACUACACUGAUCGAAUACAGGUAUUGAGGAACAUGGUGCACUGUGCUGACCUGAGCAAUCCCACAAAGCCGCUGGCUGUGUAUCGACAAUGGACAGAGAGAAUCAUGCAGGAAUUCUUCAGGCAGGGAGACAAGGAGAGAGAGCGGGGGAUGGAGAUCAGUCCCAUGUGCGAUAAACACACUGCAUCUGUGGAAAAAAGUCAGGUGGGCUUUAUUGACUACAUUGUCCACCCGCUGUGGGAGACAUGGGGGGAUCUUGUGCACCCUGAUGCCCAGGAAAUCUUGGACACUCUGGAGGACAACAGAGACUGGUACCAGAGCACUAUUCCCCAAAGCCCCUCACCACCUCCUGUGGACGACGACAAGGAUCUAAACGUGUGCAUAGACAAGUUUCAGUUUCAGCUCACUCUGGAAGAGAGUUUACAGAGGGAACAGGAAGAUGAGGAUGGCAAGCCCACGCCAAACCAUGUGGCACAGGACUGCAGUCACGGGGAGGAUGAGUGCAAAAAGGAUGAAGAAGAAGACAUAAUGGCAGAGGAGGAAAAUGAGGAUAUAAUAGAAGAAGAAGAUGAGGUGGCAAUGGAAGAAGAAGACUUGGAGGAGGAGCUGAAAUCUCAGUUGGGUGGGGGGCCUGACAAGGACAGACUUUCUGACACAAGUCCUGUAGAAGAAGAGGAGGAUUCUUCUUCACAAGCUGACGAUACAUGAGUUUUGCUCCUGUAUCUCCCUCCUCACUUGCACACAUUAUCUUGUUCAUCCUUUCAAUGGCCAAACCAAGAACAAAUAAGACUGCAAUGACAAUACACACCUUUAAAUAUAUUUUUCAAAAAGGGAAUAAAUACAAAUUGCUUAAAGAGAAGUUAAUUACACAGCAACUGUAGAUUUGGAGUGGCGACAAGUCUUUCGACUGAUUCCACAGUGAACUUUAGACUAAGAGGAAUCUAGGAGAGCAUUAAUGUUGGGCGACUGAAGACAGCGUAGCACUCUGGGACUAGAAUGCACACACAUAAACACACAUGAAGUAACACACAACUUAUAGAAAGAAAAAAAAACAGGAGCAGGAAAUCCACCAAUGCAAUGUGUGUACGAGCAUGCAGCAGUCAUGCAGUAAAAGUGUGCUCCGCAUAUUCCCUGUCCUUUCUUUUUUUGGGGAGGCAGAAACACACGCUGGACUGUAUGUUUGUAUGUGUGCAUUUAUUAGAAGGACACUGAUAAGUAUUGAAUCUCUUUGGAAAAAGCCAUCCCUUAAUGGAGUAUUAACUAGUGUUCAGUCAGUAUUAGUAAUUCAUGUUCGUUAGAAUCUCAAUAGAAACUGUUCUCCUCAGAAAAGCUACACGUCCGAGUAACUUCUUUUUUUUUCCAUUUCUGUCGGAAAGAAAAAUAAGAUAAUCCCGUAAGAGUUGGAGGAGGUGAAAGAAAAACUACGGAAGGAAAGGAAGAUGCUGCGACGAAGGGGCCAUCGGGUCCCAUAUCCCCCUUUUUCCCUUUACGCGGAGAGUGCUACUGGUGCAAGAUGGCUCUGUGCCUUUCUGAAACACCAGCUUCUUGAACGGAGCUGUCGUGAAGCAAUGCAUUGUGGGACAGGAGUGUCUGAAUUUGUCAUCAUUUUUGAUUGUCUCUUGUUGAAGAUCUCUCUCUCUUUACUGUUCAUGGUAUUGUGGUGUGUAUCUCACACGUACAGUUUCUGUGGUGAUAUGUUUUCAGCUGUAAGUCUUCCUUUGUUGCUCUUCUGGUAAUAUAAUAACUCAGAACUCUAAAUGCAGAGCAAUCACUACCACCACCACAACCACCAGUGGACUCUUUCCAGCUUAUGUUCUUUUGUUUUUUAAUUUUUAGAAUUUUUUUUUAAACUUUCUGAGAAUAAGCCAUGUGAUGCUUUGAAGCAUACGUUUUGCCUAUUUUAUAUUUAACAGUUGCCGAAUACGUUGAAGGGACACGGGAUUAUUUCAUCAGCAGAACAAAUUUUUUUACUCGCCAUCUCACGCCCACUUGCACUGCGUGGUCAUGUCUCCUCAUACACAACCAAUCUCACCAAAGUAAAGGAUGAGAAACUUCAGUGGGUGAAGUGAUUCAAGGGAAGACAGAUGAAUAAGAAAAUCAGGGAGGCAGAAUGUCAGGGGAAAGAAGCGUGACGUGGCCAAAUAGGAGGUCUAGCGGUCCCUAAUCAUCCUUGUUAUGUUUGAUGCUUUUUUGCCUUAAUGUCAGAAGCAGGAUAUAUGCCUGCUAGUAUGUAGAUUUAUAAGAUAUACAAUAGAUAUCCUAGUAUAUUUAUAUCACGUCUGUAUGCUUAUUUCUGUGAGUAUCAGUGUGUCUAUACACAAUGUAUCCAGCAUUGCAUUUGGACGGAAAAGGUAGACACUGCUGCCGACUAGCUGUUAUGUUGUUGCUGUGCUUGGACCAACGUAAAGAAUGUGUUGUUUUCUAAUCACGACGACUAUCUUAUUAUAGCUAUCUGAAGGCAUUGAGGGGGAAAUAAGAAUUGAAAGGGGGAGUUGAGGUGUGUGUGUGUUUGGUAGGUUUAAGAGGAAGAUGUUGUCACACUCAUCGUCGCUCACUCACUGGCAUUGCCGCAUCUCGUAAGCGGAUGUUCAGGAUUCGAUCGGCAAAAGAUCAAACCGGCCGCAGUUUGUCCAGGUGUUUGUUUCUCACAGGGUAUAAAUGAAUUAAAUACAUAAACAAACAAAAGAACACGAGUGGGGUUCUUUUGAAGGUAAGAGCAAGUUCCUGCAGGUCAGUAACUCAGCUUAUCUGAAGACACCACCACAGAGUGGUGUAAGAAAAGCCCCGUGGGCACAGCUGCGAGGCCCCCCAUACACAGGCUGUUUCAUCCAGUGGAAUGGGAAGUUACUCAAAUAAAAGAUUCCCAUAUGCACUGGCCUUUUUCUUUCAACACGUUGCUUUGUUUUGUGGCUUCUCGUUCUGUUAUAAGCUAUAAAAACAUCAAUAUUUAAUUGCCAUACAAACACAAUACUGUAGCAAUUGUUUCUUAUUAAGGAAAUUAUUAAAGUGAUUGACUGCUGCCAUUCUUUUUAAAUGAUGAGAAGAAAACCAGGGGAAGUGUUUUCUUUAAACAGUUUGUGUACAGUUUAUUUUUAUAUCAUUCUGGUGGAUGGUCUGGAAAAUGAAUCACGUGUUGAUGACUAUAGCUAUAAGCAUUACCACUCUUGUAUAUAAUGUAAUAUUGGAUUGUAAAUUAUAAAUUUAUCCGCAUCAUCAUGAUUAACAAAUAACCACUUAAAGUUGUUAAGUGAACCACUGCAGGCCACAUCCUCAUAUUUCCAUUCUUCAAACAUAUUUUCUCCUCACUCGUGCUGUCCUAUUUUAUUUUAUUUUAUUUUUUCACUUUUUAGUUGUUCACAUUUAUUGUUCAAAUCAAAUAUAUUCGUACCAGCACUUUAUUUCAUCAGGUUUCGAGGCAGACGGUGUGUUUCAGGUAGUGUGUGCUGCUGGUUUGGUCAUUCGGAGUCACUUAUUGAUUAUAUUCCACUGGGCCAAACCACAAACCCUCAUUGUGAAGCAGUUAGUGUUCACCUCUCUCUGCAGGCAUAACCAAACAACCCAAUCAUUCUCGAUUAAAUGUCCAGAUGAGACUGAACCCAUUUGACCAAUGCGAUCAAAUGGAAGUUGAGGUAGUCACAUAGGAUACAGUUAAAGGAGAUAAAUGUGUCCUUAUGUGACUGGGCCAUUUCUAGCACCGUCACCACCUCGGUUUCUUAGUAACUUUAAUCACUAUCUAGCCUGAUAGUCUAAAUGUCCAUCCCGUGGUGGCCUACUUAGCUGGUUCCCAUCGGGUUUGCUGUCAGGUUAUUGUUGUCACAGACUGACUCCCUCUGAGAAUACUUCUCUGGGCUUUAAUUCAUGUGUUUGUUCAUGAGUAAGAAAGGUUAUUCAAGGGAAAAAAAAAACAUGAAAUGAUUGUAAUAUUUGUAAAUGAUGUUGCUGUAAUGUGUAAAAUGUGUCCAAGUUAUUUUUUAUUAUAUUAUUUUUAUGAGAGUUUUUCCUCUUGACAGAGCUGAGGUGUCAUUUUGUGAAUAAAUGCAUUUAAUAAGCAAACAUCUAUAUAUAAAACAAUAUUAUAGUAUAUCAGUAUAUUUUUCUUUUAUUUCACUGUUCAGUACUGUAAAGUGUGUUAAAAUAC